AUGGCAGAGAAUCCCGAUGUCCCUAACGAUAAAAAGGCCUUUGUGCCUCUAGAAAACAACCCCGAAGUGAUGUCACAUCUUGUCCACCAACUCGGUCUCUCAACAACGUUUGGUUUCACAGACGUCUACUCCAUCGACGAGCCCGAUCUCCUCGCUUUCGUCCCUCGCCCCGCUCACGCUUUGCUUCUCGUAUUCCCCGUCUCCAAGACAUACGAAGCUUCGCGUAUUGCUGAAGACACGCCCUUACCGGAGUACGACGGCACGGGACCCGAUGAGCCUGUGCUGUGGUUCAAACAAACCAUCCGCAACGCAUGCGGUCUCAUCGGUUUGUUGCAUGCAGUCGGCAACGGCGAAGUUCGAAACAACGUCCUCCCCGGCUCCGACCUCGAAAACUUACUGCGUGAAGCCGAACCCUUGAAGCCCCUCGAACGCGCGGACUUGUUAUAUUAUAGCAAAGCCCUUGAAGCUGCGCAUGCCGAUGCCGCGAAGUUAGGUGAUACCACCGCGCCAGAUGCCGAAGAUCAGGUUGAUCUGCAUUUCGUUGCCUUUGUCAAGGGCAAAGAUGGGAAAUUAUGGGAGCUGGACGGACGUCGAAAAGGACCUUUGCAAAGGGGAUAUCUAGGACCGGAUGAGGACGUACUUAGUGAAACUGCCCUAGAUCUUGGACCGAGACGGUUCCUGAAGAAGGAAUCGGAAGGUGGACAGGGAGAUUUGAGGUUUAGUUUGGUUAGUUUGGGGCCGGUCUUUGAUUGA